AUGGAAGCUAUCCUUGGAAUCGAACCAAUCGAUUUCACGGACGAAGAUGAAGAUGUGUUUGAAUCUGCACCUGAUGAUGAAGCUUUUCAAGCUUUGUCUCCUAGAUCAUCACUUCGAGAGCUGCAACGACAGGAUGAUGUUCGAGCUAACUUCACACACUUCCUGGAUGCAAAUAAGCAAUGUAACAGUGAUCUUAGCCAAGGUAAGACCUCUGUUCCCCCUAUUCUUAGAUCAGGGUCUGUUGUUCGAAGUUUAAACUCAUCUUUUCAGAGUGCUGGGAAACCUAGUGUGAAAAUAACAUUGGAUGAUAUUGAGGAAGAGGUUUCCUUUUGGAAUUCUGCUAUUGUUUGUUAUGUCUUGGGUGCUAACCCUCCAUUAGAAGUACUUGAAGGAUUUGCUAGGAGAGAUUGGAAGGAAAAAGUUGACAGGGUAGGGCUCAUUUCAUAUGGAAUUUUCAUAAUCAGAUUUGCAUCUGUUGAAAAGAGAGAUAAUGUCUUAAAUGGGGGUUAUACCUUCUUCAAUAAGAGGCCGGUUAUCAUGAAAGCAUGGAACCCUGAUACAGACUUUCAAAAAGAAGACAUAAGGAAGGUGCCAAUUUGGAUCCAAUUAGAGAACUUGGAACUGAAAUACUGCGGUCAGAACACCCUGUUUAAACUAGUUGGGCAGAUUGGGGACCCGAUUUUGGUGGAUGAAAUCACCAAGCAGAGGCAAAAGCUCAUAUUUCCAAGGGUGCUUAUUGAAGUGUCCAUGAAACAAGCGUUGCCAGAGACAAUAGAAUUUGAAGAUGAGUAUGGAGGUGUUGCAAUAGUGGGAAUCAAGUAUGAAUGGAAACCCACAAUUUGUAAAAACUGUAAUGGUUUAGGCCACAAUACAACUGAUUGCAGGAAAGCUCAAGGGCCUCAAAAACAACAACAGUGGGUAGUGAAAGAUAAAAAAGAAGCAUCAAAGAAAGAGGAGACAGUGGCAGCUGAUGGUUUUCAACCAAUUUAG